GUCGAGUGGCGGUGGCUGCAGACCAGUACUCCUUGGCGGUGUUGACCUCUCAAUGUCAGCGGCUGUACAACCAGCGCCAAAUGGCCCAUCUUCCCAUAAUUCCCUUCAUCCAUCCACCGGUCUGGCGGCCCUACCGCAACUGACAAGUGGGCCCGUUAUCAUGCCCCGUCCAUCCGCCACUGGUAUACCGUCACUUGGUACACCUAUUCCAUCGGGUCAUCAUCAUGACACCGGAGAGAUUGGGGAUGCACCGCCCAAUCCUGAUGUGCUGCUUGCGUUACUCGCGAGGAAUAAAAAUCUGGAGGAACAGGAAUGUGAGACACACUCUCCUCUUCAGAGUAAACCAUCAAUACCAAAAUGCGGUGGUUGCCAAGAAGCCAUCCUAGACAGGUACGUCCUGCGCGUCCUCGAGAGGUGUUGGCAUGCCCGUUGUCUGACAUGUCGUGACUGCGGUGCAAGACUAACCGACAAGUGUUUCGCCCGAAAUGGCCACGUCUUCUGCAAGGAUGACUUCUUCAAGCGGUUCGGGACAAAGUGCGCUGGCUGCGGCCAAGGACUGGCGCCAUCCCAGGUUGUCAGGAGGGCUCAGGAGCUUGUCUAUCAUCUCACCUGUUUCUCCUGCGCCCUUUGCUCCAGACAACUCGACACUGGGGAUGAGUUUUAUCUGAUGGAGGACAGGAAACUCGUGUGCAAACCCGAUUACGAGCAGGCGAAAGCUAAAGAACUGGCUGAUGGGGGCAGUAUCGAUGGCGAUCAGCCGAACAAGAGGCCGAGGACAACGAUAACUGCGAAGCAGCUGGAGACACUCAAACUUGCUUAUAAUAACAGUCCCAAGCCUGCUAGGCACGUAAGGGAACAAUUAUCGCAGGAUACCGGGUUGGAUAUGCGUGUUGUUCAAGUUUGGUUUCAAAAUAGGAGGGCGAAAGAGAAGAGACUGAAAAAAGAUGCAGGAAGAACGAGAUGGUCUCAAUACUUCCGCAGUAUGAAGGGCAACGGUGCCGGUGGUCACUCCCCAAGGCAUGACAAACUUCUCGACAAAGACGAGCUCAAGGUCGAUCUUGACUCGUCCUUCGGUCAUCACGAUUUGAGUAAUGACAGUUAUGGCACUGUUGUUAAUAUGGGGCUGGAGGGGGAGGGAUCGAGUCCAGGUGGCGGUGGCAGCGGAAAUGGGGGUGCCGGUCCACCCAGGGGAUAUCUGGGCGCCACUACACCACCUUAUUUGUCGACGUCCAGAUCACCGUCCUUACCACCGCAAUUUCCUUAUCCUUCGGAUGCUGGUCUAUCUGUUUAUACUACUAUUGGUGGUCCAGGUGGAAUGGUACCAGGACCAGCAUCAGACCUAAGUAACGAAUCAAGUGGUGGAGGUGGUGGCGGUGGCGGAGGCGGGGGCUACCCCGAUUUCCCACCAUCUCCAGACUCAUGGCUUGGUGAACCUCCCCAGCAUCCUCAUCACCAUCCCCACUACUCCACAUAACCCCCCAAAAAAUGCAAAUUCAUAGAAUCACCGAGUAUCGUCUAGACGAACGACCGGACGAUGAGCGAGGCAAAAUGGACUUUUAACUCAUUUUGAAGCUUUCAAAAAUCUUUCCAAAAUGAUUUGAAACUGCGAGAGUCCGCUUGAUACUAUCCAUUUUGCCCUUCUCUCGUCUAGGGUCUCAAUUGGAGAGAAAAUCACUAAAUUGGAAGAUUCUUCCCUCGAUAAUUGAACUGCGCACGAAGAAUUUUAUAAAAAAACCGAACGAAUGCAAUAGAAAAUUCUUUUAAAAAUUCUAUUAAUUUCUGACCAAUUCUAGAAAACGUCCGAAAGAAACGAUUUUAUAGAAAAAUCAUUAGAAUUUCGUUUUUGUAUACAACUUUUUCUAUUGACACAGUUUCUGCAGGAAUUCUUCGAUAUCAAUUUUCCAAAUUUUUUCUACUUAUUCUUCUCCUCUUUUCAUUUGGGAAAGCAAACAAUAACACUUGGAAAUUUGAGCCGAGGAAUUUCUAUCGAAAAUAUCUCCGUAGUGAGUUGUAUAGAAAAAUGGAAUGCUUUCGAUUUUUUCGAUAGAAUAUUUUACUGGACACAUUUCGAUUCAACUAGGGAAUUCGAAAGGUUUUUCUGUGAAAUUUCCUUACGUGCCUGCUCUCAGACGAUACUCGCGACCGUCCCUAGACAAAAAAAUUAAGAUCCUUUCACCAAAAACGGCUCUAUUACUUAUAAAUUAUACCACGUAACAUUCGCAUCGAUAUUAUUAAUAAUAGAUAUAUAUAUUUAUGUACAAGUUCCUCGUUUUCCCGUUACAGUUUAGGGUAAAAUGAAUGCAGAAAUACAUUGAUUCGUUUAGUUGAUAGUUCUGGGAAUGGGAAUAUUUGCAAAUGGAAUUUAUUCGCAUUUAUUCGUGUCAGUUUUCUUUUGAAAUUGAAUGAGAAUUAUUUUUUUUGAGACAGUUCAGGAAUAAAUGGGAUGAAACUACUUGUCAAUCUGAUAAUUUCUGCACAUGAGGAAUUUUGUUGUUUGGUGGAUUGAGGAAAUAGUAGAAAAUUCCUGUCGUCAAAUUUUCAAACGUUUUUCAUUUUAUUUCAUUUUUUAUCCCUUCAUUCAUCAUCACUGUAAUUAUUUUGUUACUUUGGACGAAUAUUCGUCGAUAUCUUCGAAAUUUUCUUGUUCAUUUCAUUUCUAAAAAAAAUGAAACCAAAUUUUAAUUUUUAAUUUCAUUUGAUUUGAAAAUUUGAGAGAAACCCGACAUUUUUUCAUAAUAAUUUUCAAUUCAGCUUUCGUUUUCUCCUAUCGCGAGAGGUCUUAGAAGAUAAAAAAUUUCUAUUUUUUUCAAAUUGAAAAAAUUU